AUGCCGCCCAGAAAGCAGUGGAUCGACAAGAAAAACGCCACUACAUACCAGCUCUUCCACCGCUCCCAACAUGACCCUGCCAUUCACGACCCCGAUGCCGACGACCGCGUCCUCCACCAGGUCUCCGGCCCAGCUGCACCAGCCCCGUCGAGCGCCGCCUCCGUAACCUCCUCGCGAUCUGCCAAACGCGCCGAAAAUCUGUCCGAUCUCGCCAGCCAGUUCGGCUCGGACAGGGUCCGCAAGAACGAAGGUGAAGCCGCCAACUACGGCAUCUACUACGACGACACCGAGUAUGACUACAUGCAGCAUCUGCGCGAGUUGGGCACCGGCGGCGGAAACUCGUAUUUCGUCGAGGCCAAGGCCAAGGGCAAGGAGCGGAAAGUGAAGCUGGAGGAUGCGCUGCGGGGUGUGACCCUCAACGACUCGGCGAGUGAGUUCGGCGGCGCCGGCGGGAGUAUCUACGGGUCGGAGAUGCGGUCCACGACGACGUCAUAUUCCCGGCAGCCCACGUACCAGGACCAGCAGAAUGUCCCGGACGCCAUUGCCGGGUUCCAGCCGAACAUGGACCCCCGUCUUCGCGAGGUGCUGGAGGCGCUGGAGGACGAGGAGUUUGUCGACGAGGAUGCCGAGGACGACGUGUUCGGGAAACUGACGGCGCAAGCAGAGGAAAUGGACCCCGGCGAUUGGGAGGAUACGCUGUUCGACGAGGAGGACGAGGACGAAGGGUGGGAGUCGGAUGCCACGGAGAAAGCGCCUGAGCAGCCCAGCACUGUGCAAGUGGAGAAGAAGGAGGUGGCGCCGGGCGAGCUGCCGGACCAUGACGAGCCCGCGCCAGACAUGCACCCCGAGGACCAGGGGUGGAUGCGCGAGUUCGCCAAGUUCAAGAAGGAGUCCAAGGGCAAGGCGGCGGCGGCACCCGCAGCCCCGCCGAGUAUCGUCCCGUCCGAGCAGCGGAGCACCCUCGCCUCGACCGUCUUCACCGCGGGCGGGACGCCCAUCCGCCGCAAGAAGCGCAAGGGCGCCCUGACCAACCCCUCUGCCUACUCCAUGACGUCGUCGUCGUUGGCGCGCACCGAGGGCCACCGGCUGCUGGACGACCGGUUCGACCGCGUCGAGGCCUUGUAUGCGCUGGACGAGGAGGACGAGUACGAUGACAGCAUGUCCAUGGUCAGCGGCAUGACGGGUAUGACGGGCAUGACCGAUAUGUCGACCGCGUCGUCGCAGGCCCCCAGCCUGAUCGAUGCCAACGGCCAGGCCGUCGCCCCGCGGCAUAACUUCAACAACAUCAUGGACGACUUCCUGUCCAGCUGGGACGACAACACCAGCGCGCAGGUGAAGCGGAAGGGCGCCAAGGCGAAGCGCGGCAAGAACGGCAACGAGGUGAUUGGCAUGCGCAUGCUGGAUGAGGUCCGCCAGGGCCUGGGUCCGGCCAAAGUAUCCGGUCGAGUGCCGGGACGGGCCUAG